CAACAGUCGAUGGUGACGAGCGGCAAGUUUGCCGGUGGCCGGGUCCACCAAGCAGGGCUCUCCUCUGUUUGACCUACAAAUGACUCCAUGAGAGGGAGGGAAGAGCUCAAAGAAACAGACGAAUAAAAGAUGGAGCUCCCCUCUCUUCUCCUGCCCUCCAUCCUCCUCUUCUCCUUCCUCUGCUCCGCCCUUCUUCUCUUCUUCAAACAAGACCCACCCCAAAAGCCCACCAAAUCCACGGUCCUCAAGGGCUACCCCAUCAUCGGAAACCUCCCCCUUCUCGUCAAGAACGGCCGGCGUAUCGUCUACUGGGUGGCGGAGCUCAUCCCCGCCUCCGCCACCGGCACCGUCACCGUCGAUUCCUUCGUCUUCACCGCCAACCCCUCCAACGUCGAACACGUGACCCGGACCAACUUUCACAACUAUCCCAAGGGCGACAGCAUCUUGGCCACCUUCCACGACUUCCUCGGCCGCGGCAUCCUGAACGCCAACGGCGAAGACUGGCUCGUCCAGCGCAAGGCAGCCAGCUUCGAUUUCAACACCAAGUCCCUCCGUGCCUUCGUCCACGACAAAGUCCGCCGCCAGACCGCCGACAUGCUGAUGCCUUUGCUCAGGAGAGCCAGCCGAAGCGGCGAGGUGCUGGACCUCCAGGACGUGCUCGAGCGCUUCGCCUUCGCUAACAUCUGUAAGCUGGUGUUGGGCGAGGACCUCAAAUGCCUCUCCAGAGAGAGCGAGGAGGGGGAGGAAUUCUACCACGCGUUCCUGGAGACCUCGGUGCUCAGCGUCGCGAGGACGCUGAUGCCAUUCUCGCUGAUGUGGAAGCUCGGCAAGUGGCUCGACUUCGGACGGGAGAGGCGCCUGAGGAAGUCAAGGGAAAUCGUUCUCCAAUUCGUCGAAAAAUGUGUGAAGUCUAGAAGAGGGCAGAGUGGAGGCGGCCGGGGAAGCGACUUCCUGUCUCGAUUAGUGGCGGAUGGAUCCCACUCGGACGAGUUCAUCCGGGAUAUCCUGAUAAGCUUCGUGAUCGCCGGAGGGGACACCACGCCCUCGGCGCUCACCUGGUUCUUCUGGGUCCUUUCUUCGAAGCCCGAAGUGGCGGAGAAGAUAAGAGAGGAGAUCAAAUUAGUCAAAUCGCGGCAUAAGGAUUACGACAGCGAGGUGCUGACGCUGGACGGACUGAGGGAGAUGGUAUAUCUCCACGCGGCGGUGUCGGAGUCGAUGAGGCUCCACCCGCCGGCGCCGCUGAUAUCGAGGGAGUGCCGGGACGAGGACGAGCUGCCGGACGGGACGCGUGUGGGGAAGGGGUGGACGGUGAUGUACAGCGCGUACGCGAUGGGGAGGGCGGAGGCGAUAUGGGGGAAGGACUGCGGGGAGUUCCGGCCGGAGCGGUGGAUGGAGGAUGGGGUGUUCCAGCCGGCGAGCCCGUUCCGGUAUUCGGUGUUCCAUGCGGGGCCGAGGAUGUGUCUGGGGAAGGAUAUGGCGUACAUUCAGAUAAAGGCGGUGGCGGCGAGUAUCUUGGAGGGGUUUGAUGUGGAGGUGAUGGAGGAGAGGGGGAAGCUCCAGCUUUCGACGACGAUGAGGAUGGAGGGCGGUCUGCCUGUCAGGGUUAGGGAGAGGAAAGCGUGACGAACGGAAAGGUGUUCGAUCUUUGGUCGGCAUAUACCCUGCUCUGUUCUCUGCUACAACUACUCAAUAUCGAGGGGGCUGCGUCAUUGCUUCGGUAAUAGGACUAUCUAUUAUACUAUUAACUUGAAGUUCCGAGUGCUUCUGCGUGUGAAGCUCCAGUUUGUUCAACUCUAAAUUAUUAAUAUUGUGUGAUACCUUCUGAAUCAUGUUCGUAUUCUCUGUGCCAGUCCAAAAAACGCAUGCAAAGCUCGUGGCUUGUUCUAAUUAUUGAUAUGCAAGUUUCUUAUCAUAGUUUACUUAUGCCAAGAA